UCCUGGGUCACCGGUCCGACCCCGGAGCUCUGGUUCACAUGCGUGUGGAAACAAACUGCAGCUUUUCCACCAAAACACACCGGCGACACUUCUCGUACUCACCGAAGAGGCUUGAUUCAACUUCAGUGUGAACUCGUGGAGUGAGGCUUACAUUUCCUGCAGCCAUGGGUCCGCCCCGGUCCAAGAAGCGCCGGCCCACGUUCCGCCGCCUGUUGAAGACGAGCGGCGUGAAGCUGGAGAACAAACUGAGGAACCGGCAGCUGACGCAGCAAAACGUCGCCAAAAAGCAGCGGAAACAGCAGAAGCAGUUGAGACAGGCAGUGAAGGACGCCGCCAUCAGGACGCCUCGGCCCCUGGAGACGUACCGGAAGAGACCAGAGGAGGAGGAGGAGGAGGCUUUUCUGGAGACUCUGCCAAUGGACAUGACAGAGGACGAGGACCUGCAGCAGAUGGCUGCCAUGGCCCAACAGGCCUCCUUCAUCACCAGAGACUUGUCAUCAUGUGGGCCGGUCCAUGGCGGUAAGAAGCGCAGCUCGGAUGUGGUUCGGAGUUAUGAGAAGGUUCCCAGGAAAAUGGCGAGGACAGAGGAGAAGGAGGUCAUCCACCUGCUGCCAAUUAAAGACAAGACGGGAGUCAUCCCACAGAGUGUAGAGAGAGAAAGCAAAAAGCAGGCGGAGGAGGAAGAGGAGGAAGCUGCUGAAGAGCCAGAGCAAGCUGCUGAAGAGCCAGAGGAGGCGGAAAAUGAGGAGGGUCCAGAGAGCAUCGCGGGGCUAACACCAGCACAGCGAGAACGGCUCAGAGCACAGAAGAUAAACCAGAAGAAACUUCAGAUCGCCGGCCUGGGAUCAGCCAUCAUCUCAGACCCCUUCAACAAUAUAAAACGGGUGAAGGAGCUGCGUGGCAUGCUGAUGGAGUCUGACCCCUGUGUGGCGGUGACGGUCAGGAAGCUGGUGAUGGUUUCUCUGAUGGAGAUCUUCAAAGACAUCGCCCCUGCCUACAGGAUACGACCUCUGACCCCUGCAGAGAAGGCCACCAAGGUGAAGAAGGAUACUCAGCAGCUUCGCGAGUUUGAAGAAGGUUUGGUCAGUCAGUACAAGUUCUACCUGGAGGACUUGGAGCAGACCAUUAAAGACUGGAAGCAGAAGAAGAAGAAGCGCAGUCAGGCAGUGAGUUUCAUGUCGUACCGCAGCCUGGCUGAAGUGGCCAUUCGCUGCCUGUGUGAGUUGCUGCUCGCUCUGCCUCACUUCAACUUUCACAACAACAUCAUUGUCGUCCUCGUGCCGCUGAUGAACGACCCUGUAAAGAAGGUGUCAGGGAUGUGCUGUGAUGCGUUCAGGAAGCUCUUCCAGCACGACAAACUGGGCGGGGCUUCGUUGGCCACUAUACGGGUCAUCUCUGGUCUUAUCAAGAGCCUCAACUACAACGUCAGGCCUGAGGUGCUAAGAACCCUCCUGAGUCUGAGGAUUAAGGAGGUGGAGAUGAAGAAGGACAUAGAGGACACAGCACCAAAGAAGAAGUUCAUGAACAACAAAGAGAAGAAGAAGAACCUUUCCAGGAUGCAGAGGAAGUGGAAGAAGGCGGAAGACAAGUUGGAGAAGGAGCUGCUAGAGGCUGAAGCCUCAGAGAGCAAAGAGAAGAAGAUCAAACUGCACACAGAGACUCUGAACAUCAUCUUCCUCAUCUACUUUAGGAUUUUGAAGAAAGCACAGAAGUCUGUUCUUCUUCCAGCUGUUCUGGAAGGAUUGGCCAAUUUUGCUCACCUGAUCAACCUGGAGUUCUUUGACGACCUGCUUAAUGUGCUGCAGAACCUCAUCCAAUCAGAAGAUCUGACCAUUCGGGAGAGUCUGCACUGCAUCCAGACCGUCUUCACCAUCCUGUCAGGACAAGGUGACGUCCUGAACGUUGACCCUCUCAACUUUUACUCUCAGCUCUACAAAAUGCUGCCAAGGCUGCACGCAGGCGCACCCAAUGAUGACAUCGUCAUUGUGCUACAUUGCCUGGAUGCCAUGCUCACCCGCCGCAGGAAACAGGUGACCCUGCAGAGGGCGAUGGCAUUCGUCAAACGCCUGAGCACGCUCAGUCUGCACGUACUGCCCAACGCUAGUGUGGGAAUCCUUGCCGCCAAUAGAGCCUCCAUGCACGCCUUCCCUAAGUGUGACUUUCUGCUGGAUAACGAGGUUCAUGGCAGUGGCUUCUACCUGCCAGAGCUGGAUGAGCCUGAACACUGCAACGCUCAGAACACAGCACUGUGGGAGCUGCACACUCUGCAGAGACAUUACCACCCGGUGGUGCGGCAGUUUGCGGUUCACCUGUGUCAGGGAGCUCCCAGUGAAGGAUCGGCAGCGCUCGGUGUGGAGCAGAGCCGCAGGUCUGCAGUGGAGCUGUUUGCUGAUUACAGCAUCAGAGACAUGAGUUUUAACCCCCCGGUAGUGCCGCCCAGCACCAAGAAGAAGGGUCGUUUCACAGCCAGAGCAACGCUGCUGGACGCCGAGCUGCAGACACGAAUCAAGAGUGUCCUGAGUCCCCCUGAGGAGGCAGAUCUGGACUUUACCUCAACACACACACCAGCCCAGCACUGACACACACACACACACAUACUGCUUCAUUCCAUCUGCAGAUUUUUUUGUAACAAAGAUUAAAAACACGAAUCUCUGUAAUGUGAUUUCUGUUUGUCACUGAGGUCUGAAAAGGUAGAAAACCAGGUGCAAGUUCAUUCUUCACAUGCAACUUAUAUCCAUACUUGAACACAACAGAAUAAUAGAUCCACAAACAAACUCCUAAAACUGUAAUUCUAUCAAUUAUUUAGUGAUAUUUCCACUGUGACCAGCAGGUGGUGCUGCAGCCCCUUUCCUGCACUAAGACACUCAGCUGCAUUUCAAGUCAUUUCUAGUUGGUGGAAAAACUCAGUAUAUUGUAUCCAAGUAUUGUGCUGGAGUGCACUACUUAUGGUAUCUGUACUUCACUUGAGUAUUUCCAUGUUCUGCUACUUCAUACUUGGACUUGUCACACUGUGACAUUUUACUGUUGGGCCUCAACAAUCAGUCUCUUUCUCCUGUGUAGCAGGGUGGUAGGCUUUUACCAGUCUGUGUCCAGGGGCCCUUUGCCUCAUGUGUCCCUGGCUGUCAAAGAUUUGGAGACCGAAACAGCAACUAUGUACUGAUAUUAUUUCAUACAGGAAUAUGGCACUGAGCGGUUUCUAAAUGGGCCCUGCUCCUCAGUAGCUUUAACAAACAUCAACACGGAAUGGAGUCACUUCACAGCUUCAUAAGCUGACAAAUGAUUUUUAAAAGAAGGGCUAGUUAGGCCUGACUCCUCUCUGACACACAGUCAACAAUCAAAGCAGAAGCUGGAAAAAAGUUAUGAAACUGCUGUGUUGGGCCAGGCCCGGCCCUAACCAAUUUGGCGCCCUAGGCAAGAUUUCAGGUGGCGCCCCGUUGCAUCACACU